CGAAAGAAAGUAACGGUCAAAAAAAAGCCGUGACUAAUUUUUAAAAAAUGUAUCUUUUAUCGGAAAGAACAAAUUAUUGAUUGACUUUGCUUACCAUUGAAUCCAUUUUGAAACGAAUGUAGUUAUUUUUUCCAUGUCCUAGUAAAUAAUAAACUUAUAUUUAUAAAUAUUAAAGAUUUCUUAAAUUGGCGAAAAAUGGAAAAGUUCAUUUUGAUUGCUAUUUUACGAGCAACAGUGUCUGUUUAUGGCGCCAAUCAAAUUACUGGUUCUGAUGUUUUGUAUGUUAAUAAUGGAGCAACAGCAUCAUUUAAAUGGGUGUUCAACUUUCAGGAUAGUGACAUUCUUUUAUUGAGCAUUAAUACAGAAGGUUCAAAACUUCCAGAUAUUGUACGAAAAGCACCAAACAGUCCUAUUUCUGUGAAUAGUAGAAAUCCUAUAUAUGCCUCACGCACUCAAGUUAGUAGGCCAGCUGGUAUAAAUGGUAUUAUUGUUGAUAUCAGUACCAUUGGAAUCACAGACGAAAAUUUGUUUUUUUGCAAAGUUAUUUUUGUUGACCAAUCAGCUGAUGUUGUUAACAACACUCGUUUAAUUGUAGUAGUUGCUCCAACAAUAAGUGUUGAUCAAACCAAACUCUUUCUUACUGAAGGUGACAAUGCAAAUCUCAAAUGCAGUGUAAUUGCUGGUAAUCCUCGUCCACUUUUAUUUCAAUGGUUUAAACUUGAUUCAAACAAUGUUGUACAGCCUAUUACAAUUGAAGUACAAGCAAAUAAUAAUUUUGAUUACAAUAUUUCGCAAGUGAACAGAGAAAGUCGAGGCAGUUACAUAUGUAGAGUUAAAAAUAUUAGAGGGAUGCAAGACAGUCUGACAAAAAUUCUUGAUGUUAGAUACAGGCCAGUUGUAAUAUCACCUCCAUUAAAUCGGUCUAUAUUUGAACAAGUAGGAACCGAAGAGUUUAAUUGUGAUGCAGAUGGUAAUUCUGGAACAACUAUUUAUAAGUGGUAUAGGGACAAACCAACACCUGAAAAUGAAAUUUUGUUUCCAACUCCAUAUAUUUUACAAGAAAAUGAUGGUAAGCGACUCAAGUUUGUCAAACCUCCACGUUCUAUAGCAACAAACUAUUAUUGUGCAGGAAGAAAUGACUUAGGGAUUGGCGAAGCAAAAGGAGCAUAUUUGAAUGUAACCUAUGUUCCUGGUGAAAUAUAUAUAAAAUCCGAGAAUGGUGUUAUAAACAGCAAUAAAGAUUCAAAUAUCACAAUAACAUGUCAAAGUGAUGCUAACCCUCCUGCAUUGUAUCAGUGGUUUAAAUAUGAAAAAGAUCUGCUUGGUAUUGUUCAAAAAAGGCUUUUGCAGAGCAGCUUUUCUGGAGAUUUGAAAUUAUAUUAUUUAACAACAAAUGAUUCUGCUGAUUAUAAAUGUUUUGCAAUAAACUAUCCAGAUACUUUAGAUCAAUACAAAGAAUACAAAACAGAAAAAAAGAUUACUCUCAAUGUUCGAUAUGGACCUCAGCAAACUAACAUAACAGUAAAUGAUGUUUUGUCUUCAACUCCUGUUGAAGUUAUCGAAGACACCAAAGUUGUCAUCAAGUGUAUUAGUGACAGUAAUCCACCAGCAAUAUAUAACAUUCAAAAAAUUCCAAAUAAAAUUCAGCUAAAUGCUAAUGGAGAAAAUUUCAUUAGUUUUAGUACAAUAAAAGUAGAGAAUGAAGGCACCUAUGAGUGUAUUUCAAUUAAUAGUGUCAUGAAUAAAAAUGAAAAAAGACAGGUUCAAAUUGUUGUUACGAUCAAGCCAAAACAAAUUGAUCCUGUUCCAGGAGAUCUAGAAUCAAGUGAAUAUAGCACAGUAUCAAUAAAAUGUCUUGCAACUGGAAAACCUUCUCCUAAAAUUUACUGGCAGAGGUAUGGUGCAAACAUCACUGAUGACUCAGUUAUACAGCAAAUUUACAAUGAUAAAGUUUAUGUUACUGGUUACUUGACCACAAUUCAGGGUGAACUAAAGUUUAAUAACAUUCGAUAUACUGAUUCUGCAUCUUACUCAUGCAUUGUUUACAACUCUGGUGGCUUUUAUAAUCAAACGACUAAAGUAUCUGUAUCUUACAAACCAAAGAUAACUGUUAGACCUGGUAAUUUCACACGGCUUGAAGAUGGAGAAGAUGUAAAAUUUGUUUGUGAAGCUAUUGCGAAUCCGUCAAGUAUCGCAUGGAGUUGGUUUUUUAAUGAAGUAGAACAAUCUUCUUCAUCUUCUAUAACUCAGCAAAGUACUUCGACAUUUAUCCGUAAUUUUCCAAAAAGGACUGAUAAUGGAGCAUUUAGGUGUGAAGCUCGAAAUGAGAUUGGAACUGGAGAAAGUGCAAUCGGUUACUUAGUAGUUCAAUACCCACCUUCAAUAACUGAGUUUCCUAAAGAUCAAGUUGUUAAUGAAUCAGCUAACAUAGUAUUUUCCUGUAAAGCUGAUGGUAUUCCACAGCCUCAAAUAUCAUGGAGUAGGGCAAGCGAUAACAAGUUUGAAAAAUUUGUCUCAAUCUUGAAUAUUAAUAAUGUGAAAGCAGUAGACAAAGAUGAAUACACAUGCAAUGCAGUUAAUAGUGUUGGAGUGGAUUCAAAAAAAGUAAAAUUACUUGUGAAUAGCAAGCCUAUGAUACUCACUAAAAAUCCAAGUGAAACAAAAUUUGGUGCUACAAUUGGCAUGAUGGUAAAUCUUAUAUGCUCUGUGAGUUCUUAUCCCAUUGGAACUAUUGUGUGGAAAGACAAAUCUUCUGCAACCUUAAUUAGGGAUGGAAUCAAUGGAUAUUCCAUCACUGCUCCAAAUAGAAAUGAAUUUUCACAAAAAAGUACACUUUCAGUGAGUGCUACUAAUGAACUUCUGGGAAAAGAAUAUUUGUGUCAGGUUACCAAUGACUAUGGGUCUGAUGAACAAGUUUUCUCCAUAUUGGCAAAAGGAAAACCUGAUAUGAUUUAUCAAUUGACAGCGGAGGAUAUUAUUCAACCAACAGUUCCAGUUACAGUAAACAUUACACUAAAGUGGAUUCCGGGUUAUGGUGGAGGUUUUCCUGUAGAGUUUAUUUUACUUUAUAAAGAGAGCAAUGAUGCGAACUUUCGUCAACAAUAUAUAGGUGCAGCAGAGGGUAAUGUGUUUGUAUUUACAAAUCGUAAAACAUCGACAGAGUAUGUCUUUUCUAUGCUCUCAAAAAAUGAAAGAGGUAUCAGUGAUCAAUACAGCCCUCUUUUAAAGUUUCAAACAAAAGAUGCCCCACCUCCUGUUGCUACAGUGCGUAUGGAACCUGAUCCAAGUGGUACUGCUGUUGUUAUUUUUUGGACAAUUACUCAACUUCCUUCUCAGAGAAAACUUGGAGAAAUAUCAAACUGGGACUAUGGAUUGGUACAGUAUCGCAUAGUAGAUAAGCAAAAAGAUUGGACAGUGAACAAAAUUGUAGAAAUAGGGAUCAAUGGUUCAUAUAAGGUGUCAGAAUUGAAUGGUGAAGAGUAUUAUGAGUUUCAUUUUGUUUUGUUUACAAACAGUGGAGAGUUUGGUCUUCCAGUUGAUGUGGGCAAGCUUUAUCCGAAAACUGGUCCAAGAGCAGAAGAAAGAAAAGCUAUGUCUAAAAAUGAUAUUAUUGCAAUUGCAGUAGGUGUUGGUGGAACAAUAUUGUUGGUGUUAGUUAUUGUAUUAUUUAUUAUGAUAUACAAAAAGAGAAGUAGCAAGAUAACAUAUACAUCAAGCUACAAUAAUGGUCGUGUUAAAGUUGAUCUUCCAACCUCUGCAAUAAAAAGUGAUGUUGUUCGUGCAAGUUUUGCUAGAGAAGAUGAAGAUCCUUUUGCUAAUGAUAGUUCUUUUCUUGAUGACGAUAAAUCGCCUCCACCUGAUUACCAGGAUAGAUUCAAUGUUGAAACUGAAGUUGUGACUCCUAGCUAUACUUCUUUUGGUAGACUUCCUAAAGGAGUAAAGCAACCAGGCAAAUAUGACCCAGUAUCAAAAUCUAUGGUUCAACUUCCUGGUCGUCCUACUGAGAUUAUUCGUGGAAGAUAUUCUAUGAAUAAUUUAGAAGAGUAUCCAGAAAAAUAUGAGAAUGAUCCUCUCCUUCGUCAUUCUAAAAAUGAACUUGGUGACAGUUACCACCCACCUGGAAAGAAAACAAACCUAAGAAAUAGUAGAGGGCCACCUUUAACAGAUGAUCUUCCAGAACCACCAAUUAUAAAUCCUUCUUUAGAUGAUAAAAAACUCAAUAAUCGAGUUCCUGGAGCGUUUGGUGAUAAACGUUUAAAUAAUGCAGGAAAUCCAAAGUAUGGCGAACCACCUCCACCUUUACCUAACUAUGUUACCAGUAGUCAUUCGUCUCCUCCGUCUUCUAUUGCAAGUUCAAAACCAUAUCAUAGUGAAAACGAAUACAUUGACGAAGCUGAAGAUAAUUACGUUGGGUAUUUAGUAUAGCGUUGUAAUAUGUAAAAUUAUUUCAGAAUUUUACAUUCAUUACAUUUUUGUAUUCUGUCGUUACAUACGGCCCAUAAUAUAAAGCAUGAAAAAAUAUAUAUUCCUAUUCUUAUUGGACCAAACAAUCAAAAUGGCAGAUUCUUUAUGUUUAACUUAAUGUGUGUUACUUGUUCUGUUGACAAAAAGACUAAAAUAAAGUUGAAGAAGUUUCAUCUUUCAAAUUGUCAAAGUUUUUUUUCAGAUUUUUAAUUUUUGUUUUGCGUGUUUUUGAUUUGUUUUCGUAUUUUCUUUACUUGUUAUGUACUUUGUAAUUUCAUAAACAAUAUUAUAUUUUUUAGGGGGGUCUAUUUUUUAUGGUUUUUUUUUUUUUUAGUAUUUAAUUUUUUCUUGCUUUCUCUGAUUAUAGUUACUAAUAAAAUAUUUAAACUUGCGUUUCUUUUUUUAAUGCAUCUCGCUUUUAUUAACAAAUGUAUUUAUAACGGUUUGUAAAUUAUUUUAUUAAUUUAUAAUAGUAAUGUAACUGUGAUAAAUAGUAUAUACGCAGUAGGUUACGUUUCUCAUUACUUUAAUGAUUUGAUAUUUUUGUUUAAUGUACAUUAUCCAAGUAGAUUGAGACAUAUUUUUAUAUUGUAAAAAAAGGUUGUUUUUUUUUAA